AUGCAGUUAGAUGCUUUUGAUGAAAAAUAUCAUGUUCCUAUGUUAAGGGGUGAUAAUAAUAAAACUUGGAAGGAGUUGAUUCUCCUCCAGUUGGGAUGCAUGGAUUUUGACUAUGCUAUAAGGAAGGAUGAACCACCUAUGCCGACAGACAAUAGCACUCCCGGUGUAAUUGCCUUAUAUGAAUGGUGGGAGCAAUCUAAUCAUAUGAGCAUGAUGUACAUUAAGACACUCAUACGUGUUUCAAUCCCAGAUUGUGCACAUGUAAGAGAUUUGCUGAAGGCAAUUGAUGAUCAAUUUGAAUCUUCAGAUAAGUCUCUCGCUAGCACUCUCAUGACCAAAUUAUUAUCCAUAAAGUUUACGAUUGUUAAAGGUGUGAGAGAGCACAUCAUGAGGAUAAUAGACUUAGCGGAUCAACUUAAGGCUUUAGAGCAGAUCGAUUUUUCAGAUGCUUACCUUGUGCACUUUAUCUUGCAUUCUCUUCCAUAUCAGUAUAACACUUUCAAAAUCUCAUAUAACACACAUAAUGAUAAAUGGUCUAUUAAUGAGCUUUUGACCAUGUGUGUUCAAGUGAAGGAAAGGUUGCUAUUAGAAAAAAGUGAAAGUGCAUAUAUGGCUACUCAGGGUAAGAAGAGAGGAUGA